UCGUCUGUCUUUCUUGGGCCACUCUGUGUGCUGGACAGCAGCCGAUGAUUCCUCGGCUCGGAGCUCUCCAUCCGGCGACACCCCAGGAAUAAUCAAAAGAGGGUUGGGGGGGGGGACCAAGCACACCUUCUUCUCCCUUUUGCUUUCCAAGAAGCAGUAGCAGUGCCACCACCCGUCUCCGUCCUCAUCUUGAUCCCGACAGCGGAGAAGGAAUUCGUUGCCCCAAAGACGAAUAGCAAAAUCUGAGGGAAAUCCAUCUUGGGGCCCCCCUCGCUGUCCUUCAUAAAAAAAAAGCGAAAAGGAAGGCGAAGACCGACCCAGCAGGGAGAAGUCAAGCCAGUUUGUCCUUGCGGUGGGCGGUCGUCCCCUAGGGAGGAGAGAAGUCUUGCGAAAGAACCCAGUUCGGGGAAGCAUGCGAAAGAUUCAAGAUUGAUGUGCGGUUGUCUGCUGAUGUCUCCGAGGUUCUUGUUCAGGUUCUGAAUCAUCGCGUGUUCUCGGCGAAGCAUGUUGAUUUUGCGCAUGGAUUCGAAAAGAGAGAGACGCCCGAAUGUUAGAUUAGGCGAGGUGGGAGAUUUCCCUGCUGCCUUUGCAUGUGUGUUCUCUCACAGAUGCGAGGCAGGUUCGAUUCGCAAGAGAAGGAACCGCGGUUUCUCGAGACUCGAUGAGCCCGAAAAGAGGCCGGUUUCGGAAGAGACACGGCCGGAGUCUUUGGAUUUGGACCGUGCCGUUUCGCCGGGAGUUUUGGUCGAUCCUCUGCAGUGCAGAGAAGGCGAGAACCGGGCUUCCGAAGCAGAGAGUUUGGGGGAAAUGGGGAUGACCAAAUGCGAGCUGAAUUUCGGUACCGUCACUCGCAAGUGCCGGGUGAUGAAGCGCCGGUGCCGGAGCGCGGCGGGGAGCAACAGGGUUUUCGCGAGUGGUUGGGGUUUUACAUGUGGUCCUGAAGUUGCCGACGAAUUAGAUGGGAAGGUUUCGGCAGGAUUCGCGAAAAGCUUUGCUCCCGACGUCGAAUCGAAUGAUCUGUCGGGUCGCGAAACAUCAAUGACAGAAGGAACCGAGGAUGGGAAUGUCUCCCCCAGUGCCGGUCAUGGGCAUGGAGUGGACGAUGCUGGAGUCGGACGAGAUGACUCAAGUAGCGUGCGGGAAUGGUUGGAGGAAUUGGGGCUUGGUAAGUAUGCCGACAUGUUCGAAAUGCACGAGGUGGACGAGCAAGCGUUGCCCCUUCUCACUCUCCAAGACCUCAAAGAAAUGGGCGUGCACGCCGUCGGGCCGCGGCGGAAGUUGUACAGCGCAAUCAAGCAACUAGCGGGAGAUUCCCGGUGAACGUCCGGGUGAUCGUAUCGCGCGAGACGUUGGUUUUUUGUACAUAGGAGCCGUCUCGCGGUGGGGGGAAGUGGCGAAGCAUGUAAUGUUUUUUUUUUGGGAUGAAAACUGCUGUUUGAGGGCUAGUUCUGUGAAUAAGCUAACUUAACGCCGUGUAUACAACUUGUUAAUGAAGUAUCUGGUAAUGUGCUGCUAGUUGUGCUAA